GGGAAGAGGAGUUAGCAAAAGAAAAGAAUAAAGUCAAAGAAAAAUGUCAGGUCCGGAAUGCUGCUCUAACCCGCCAAUUCUGAACUCCUUCACCGGAGUUGGCCAUGUUGAUAAUAUCGGUGGCCUUCUUGCCUAUCUCACCGGCUCUCCGCUUUCCACCAUCGCCGUUCUCUUUGUCUCCGAUAUUUUUGGAUAUGAAUCCCCAAUUAUAAGGAAGCUUGCAGACAAGGUUGCAGCAUGUGGAUAUUAUGUCGUGGUUCCUGAUUUCUUUAAUGGUGAUCCCUUUGAUCCUGAAAAUGUUGACAGGCCUUUACCUAUUUGGAUGAAAGACCAUGAACCAGACAAAGGUUUUGAAGCUUCACAACCCAUAAUUGAAGCCUUAAAAAGUAAAGGUGUUUCUGCUAUUGGAGCUGCUGGUUUUUGUUGGGGUGCUAAGACUGUGUGUGAACUUGGGAAAUCCAGACUCACUCAGGCUAUUGUGUUAGCACAUCCAUCAUCUAUCACAGUAGAGGACAUCAAUGGUUUGGAGACUUGUGGCAUUUCUCAUUUACACUAUCACAACUUUCACCCUCUACGUUCCUGGUUAGAGUUUCGUUGAUCAUAUUAAUGGCGACAAACCAAGGAUAUAAAGAAGCGAUAAUAUGAGCUCUUCUAAGAUUUUCUAAAAUCCUAUGUUUGAACAUAGAGAAAGGGAGGAGGAGACUAAUAUUGGUGUUGCAAGAAGAAAGUUUGUUAUUGGGAGGAGAAUGAUGAGGAUAGUUCCAAGGGACAAAAAGAAGUACAGUUGGAGUGUGACCAUGUGGGAUCUUCUAAGCAAAAACUCUUCAAUCUUUUUGAAGAAAAACUUCAUGAAGGAUCAGUUUGGUCAAGAGUUAGAAAGAAUCAAUACAUCCAAAGACGGGAAAAAAAUGGAAAAUCGCAGCUAUCCCAAUUAACAAGCAACUCUAUAGCAUCAGCUAUGUUUGUUUCACAGCUAGAGCUGCUGGAAUUGCCUCUACGUAUUGAUGUCAUUGUUACAUUACUCGUAAGCUUUCCAAAGUUAAGAAUGUGAUUGAUAGAAACAUAGGCAUAAAGGAUAUUGGAAAAUUUUCUUGGGCUUUGAUGUUUCCCAUUCACCUAGUGAUAUCUCUUUGUCAACAGCAACACUGCCUCAAUUUUCUCACAGAUGAGGAAAUUCUUGACAGCAAACUAGCCAGUAGCCACAACUCCCAUAGAACCUGGUUCUCACUUGCAUUAAGAUGAUUGGCCUCUCUUUUUUGAUGCUGCUUUAUAUGGGUUUUUAUUAAUGAAAUUCUAUAUGUGACCAUUGCUUUGCUUGAUAUAUCAUUUCCAGCGCAAUCACAAUUGUUCAGUUUGGAUUGGUUUCCCUGACUCAUGUAGGGACAAGCAAUGUAGUAGGGGCUCGCUGCUGCUGUUCGGAGUGUUGGUUAGGAGAGUCUGAGAUAAGAGAUAGACAUAGAGGUUGAAAGAGAAACAGAGAUGGGAUGGGAGACCAUCUCAAGGUUCCUUCUACUUGAGGUGUAUUGCCCGAUGGGCCCGUCGGGACGUGUCAUGGUUACAUGCAUGGUUACACACCUGUCAGUAAGUGAAUUUUCAAAUACCAACAGUCAAGCUUGUCAAGAAUGUGCAAGUGAGUAUCGAGAAAAUCAAUAGACUUUUUACCGAGUGUCUUGGUUGAAAAUGUGGCAGAAAAUAAAGGGCACCAAUAUUAACAAUAAAUUGGUUAUUAAUUAGAGACUAGAAGUUGAUUCAAAUUGAUGUCCAUAUCUUGAGAUGGCUCUUAGUUGAGGGCAAGUAAACUUUGUAGUUACUAUUUUGGAUCGGAGUCAAGUUACAGUGUUCAGAAAUUUAGGUCAAAUCUUAGUCUUCAAUUGAAUGCAAAUAUUUGGUUUUGCGUUCAUCUCUGUAUGUGUUAUGUUUCAUCAGAUUGGUGUUGUCCAGCUAUUUAUAAAGCUGAGUCAAGUCCUUUCAGGAAAGCGUGCAAUGGAAACAGGUGAUAUAUAGACCACUCUGACCAGUCUCCUUGCUGGUGUUCAAGUCUCUGGCUUUGGGCUACUUCUUGUUUCUUCCCAAGUUGAUCAUGAUCCUCUAUGAGAUCUUCUGGUAAUUUUUAUCUUAAUCCACUUAACUUUAUCUUCAUUUUUGUUAAGUGGAGUGAGAAAACUGUCUCACUGCUUUCAGUUAGUUUGGUAAUGAAUUUUUGGACAAAAUUAUUCAAGGGGUUAGCUUAGCAUACAUCAUAGUUUGGAAAAAGGGCUGCAGUUAUCAGAAUGUGUGCAAUUAUCAUAUGUUAUCCAAUAUUUACCAACCAGACAUCUAAACUUGUUGGUUUUUUUUCCAUAUGAUCACUACUGCAAAAUAAAAAUCUGAUGAGAUGACAUUCUACCUAACUGAACAGUUUCAACAUCAGACAUCUCAUGUUAAUUUUGUUUCUCAUUUGUGCCAACUCCAAUAUUGUUCUCUCUAUAUCAAACUUCAUCUCCUUUAUAGUUGAAUCAUUAUCAUUUUCAUUUUUCAAUUUACCAUUCUGAUUGAUCUCUUCACUGUACAUAUUAUUGUUUGACCUAGCUGGGGAAUCAUUAGAUUUUCUAUGAGAAGAAACAUAUUGUGAUAUUGCCUGUAGUUUUGCCUCAACAAGUGAAGCUGUUGUUCCAUUCAAUGAAAUGGCUACAUGCUUUUAGUCUGAAAAGUUUAACUCAGCACAUUCUCCUUGGUAGAUAUGCUCCUGUGUCUAGUUUCUUAUUUAGCUGUCCAUUUUUUUGUUCUCUUCAUGAAGUUGGUGUGCUUUGUGUCCACUUUUGGUUCUUGAUUUUGUGUAAAAUCUUUGCUUCUGGUAUUUGAAAUGUUGCUACCUAUCACAUUUCUUCAAUAGUUUCACAACUUUAGGUCCCUUUUAUUCUCAUUGUUGAAGUUUUCAUGUCCAGUUGAUGUGUGGUGUUAUUCUAGUGGCAGAGUUGCUUAUAUGUUUGUUUUAUAUGUGAGGUCUACCUUUGAACUCAAAUUUAUUGGUUCCUUUAGUUAUGUAUUUAUUGGAUCUCCCAACAUUAUGCUUUUGAUUUAUGAAUAUAUUAAGAAAACUCUGCAUUAUGAGACUUGUUGUAAUAAGAACAAGUAAUGUUUCCAAGGGUUGUGCUACUAUGUUUGCUAGUCUUACAAUUUCUACUUUAAUUCCCAUGUGAUGUGUGUGGUGUUUAAAAUUAGGAUAUAAAUAAACCAGAAUUAUUUGUAUUUAAAUUUGUUGUGUCAUGAGGAUGAAUAUGAGGAUCAUCAUAUUGAACAAGAGCAAUUACGUACGUGGUUUGAAUAUCAUAUUUACACCUAAAACCUUAAUGCAUUAGGUAUGAAGGCCCUUUCACUUAUAUGAUAUUCAACAAUCGCUUUUCUAUCUGAUAUGUAACUCUUACACUUAAUUUACUAACAAAAUUAAGUAUAGUUCCAGCUGGCUAUUUAAAAUUGUGAUUUUUGCCUCUAUUUUUAAAAUUAGGAUGUGUUGUGUCCUUUUCUUUGGCCCUAUUGAUGUUUGUUUUAGUUGCAUACAUGGUUUGUGUCUUUUAUGAUAUGGGUGGAAUGUCUAUGAUGCAUAAAUAUGAAUUCGGUAUUGGUACAAGUACGGUCAGUAUUGGUACACUUACACUAAUAAAAAUCUGAGAGUUCAUCCUAAUAGGCUCCAAGACUUGUUUAGUUUUUCAUAGGAUCUUCUUAGUUUUCCAAGACAACUAAAAUAAUCUGAAAUGAGAAUUUCAUUAAUUUAGAGGGUAGACUAGUCUUAGUUUCUAAGAAAAUUGUGAGACUCAAUUUAGUCUUUGAAAAAUAAAAUUCAACUUUUAGUUAAAAAUAUUAGGACAAAUAAGUUUCUACCAGAACAAAAUCUCCAUCUCUUUAUUAUUAUUUCGAUGAUAAAUGAACUGAUAAGGAAGAAAAUAAAAAAGAAAGAAUGUAGAAGAAUUUAAAAGGAGUCCAGAGUGUGAUGACUUUUUGAUUUGAUAGAAAGAAAAUGAAAGGAAAUUGGUUUGAUGGAGGAAAUUGGUUCUCAGAGCACUUAUUGAGAAAAAUAUAUAAUGGGGAGGAUGCAUUGUUUUGACAUGAUAUGUGAGUGGAUGGUUGACCUUUAAAGACUAGGUUUAGUAGAUUGUUUGGUAUGGUUAAUGAUAAAAAUGUAAUCGUGGCAAAUACGUAUAGGUUAGGGGGCAAGUUGGUGGGCUUAGGUGGAAUUGACGACAUAGCUUGUUUGAUUGGGAGCUAGAGUUAUUGGCGGACUGUGUUGCAUUGUUUGCUUCUGUUCAUGUGCAGGUUAAGGACAAUGACUCGUGGGAGUAGAACAAAUCUCACUCAAGACUAUAUUAUGUAAAAGAGGCGUAUCAAUGUUUGAUGCAGAAUGUGGGAGAUGAGUUUGUUACUUUUCAGAGUUUUGUGGAAAUCAAGAAAUCAUAUUAUUUUUUGUCGA